AUGGCUUGGGUCCUGAGACCACCAGAAAAAGUAAUCAGUGGGGAGUUCUUUGAUGUCAUUUAUUCGGUCUUUGCAGCAGAUUACUUUUACAAAUAUGCUGUGGAGAAUGGAAUCCUCUCCCACAGUGAUGCAGCUGCUGCUAAGACGUUCUGCGAGGAACAGGAAUGCCCUCUCAAUUGGAAGGAUGCUAACGGGGAGAACUGCUGUGUCCAUCAUGCAAACAUUCACUCCUGUCCGUUGGCUUUCAUGGGCAAAGGUAGAAUUUGCGGUCCAUGGAUUCCAGAUGAUGGGCAAAUAUUCACUCACACGAUUUCUACUGCAGGCAAAAUGUCACAGACAAACUGGACUACCAAGGUAGUUCUGGUACAUGUGGGCGUGACUUCUCUCAUUGCACACAUCAGAGUUGGGAGAAUGCAGGCAGCUUUGGAAGCCCAGACGACAGUGCUCCCUGCAGUAGUCUGCGGAGAUGAUGUUUGUGAGGACAAUGAGGGCUGUUCCACAUGUCCAGCUGACUGCGGUGAAUGUCCUUUGACAACUGAUGCCAGGAUAGCAAUUGCCUUGCCAAUAUGUCUAGUCUGUUCUGGUUUCAUUCUGACCAUUGUGUGGUUCCAAUAUCAGAAGCAAAAGAUGUUUUGGGAUGAAAGCUGGAUUAUAGAUUUCAAUUUCAUCAAACAAGAUCAUGAACCCAGGACAAGGACUGCAAUGGGGAGUGCCUUGAGUGUGCCACAUGCUGCUCCCAGCAUCUCCAACACCAGCUGCAUCACAGCAGUGAGCUCCUGUUCAGCAGCACCCAACGUAUCCAAGAUGAACCAUUUCACACAGACUGGGAUAUAUGAUGGUAGAAUGGUUGCUAUCAAGAAAAUAAUGAAUAAGACAUUUACUCUCACCAAGGCUGUACGCAAAGAAGUCAAACAAGUAAGAGAACUAGACCACCCCAACCUCUGUAAAUUUAUUGGAGGCUGUAUUGAAGUGCCUAAUAUUGCCAUAAUAACUGAGUACUGUCCAAAAGGAAGUUUGAGUGAUGUACUGCUCAAUGAAGACAUCCCUUUAAACUGGGGAUUCAGAUUUUCUUUUGCUACUGAUGUUGCCCAGGGAAUGGCAUAUCUUCACCAGCACAGGAUUUUUCUUGGGCGGUUGAAGUCCAGAAACUGUGUCAUUGAUGACCGUUGGGUUUGUAAGAUUACAGAUUAUGGGUUGUGGACAUUCAGAAAAGAGGAUUCAUUGGCAGCUUCCAGUUCUUAUCACCAGCACUUUGCACAGAUCUUUCUGCCUCCAGAGGCUCAGUUGGCACCAAAUUUUGAGCUAACUCCAGCUGUGGAUGUCUACAGCUUUGCCAUCAUUUUACUAGAAAUCGGAACAAGAACUGACCCUACACUGGAUGAAGCAUAUUCAGCAGAAUAUUCCCAGUGUCCCACUUUGGCAGAAUUAAUAUCAGAAAAAUCUGAGAAUGCCUGUCCAUGUGCUACAGAAUAUGUAGAGCUGAUCAGGAGGUGUAAAAAAAGCAACCCGGCACAAAGGCUGACUUUUGAGCAAGUUAAGAAGUUGUUGUAUAAGAUGAAUCCAAACAAAGUAAGCCCAGUGGACAUGAUGAUGACAAUGAUGGAGAAAUACAGCAAACAUUUGGAAGUGUUGGUCACAGAAAGGACACAGGACUUAGUGCAUGAAAAGCAGAAGACGGACCAUUUGUUAUACAGCAUGUUGCCAAAAGAGGUAGCAGAUGACUUAAGGCAAGGGAAACGAUCACAAGCUCAGAGUUAUACAAAUGCUACCAUCUUUUUUAGUGAUAUUGUUGGCUUCACUCAGCUUUCUAGCACUAGUACACCUUACCAAGUGGUCGACUUCCUAAACAAGCUCUACACUGCCUUCGAUGAAAUCAUAGACAACUACGAUGUCUACAAGGUGGAAACUAUAGGAGAUGCUUAUAUGGUUGUGUCGGGAGUGCCCAAGGAAAAUGGAAUCCGUCAUGCUAGUGAAGUUGCCAGUAUGGCUCUAGACCUUGUCUCAGUGUGCAUGACAUUCAGAAUUCCGCACAAGCCCAGUAUGCAACUAAAGAUCAGAGCAGGAAUACACUCAGGGCCAGUUGUGGCUGGUGUGGUGGGAAUGAAAAUGCCACGUUACUGCUUAUUUGGGGAUACCGUCAACACUGCCUCCAGGAUGGAGUCUACCAGUGAAGCUCUGAAAAUACAAUGUAGUUCAACUACAUACCAGCUGCUGGAACAGAUUGGAGAGUACAUAUUGGUGUGCCGAGGGAAUUUGCAAGUCAAAGGGAAAGGUGACAUGAUCACCUAUUGGCUGGAAUGCAAGAAGACUGGUGCCAUUCAACAAAAAACUCUAAGUCCUUCCAUAGCUUCUUGGUCCUCUAACCAAAAUGCUUUCCAUCUCAUCCCUGGAACUGUGUAGAACAAACCCACCAUAAAGGAUCUGGGCCUGCCAGUGGCUUUUGCUGGGCUUGGCCCCAGUGAGUCUUCACUCAAAUGCCAAAAGAGGCCAGAAAUGCCCCUUCCCCUUCCCCCUGCCUUUUAUUGGUAGAAACCAAGGCUUGAAGGCUGGCAAUAUUGUUGUCAUUACUUAGUAACAACACAGUGACCACUGAAGAGGGCAUUCAUUUCUAAAAUGUACAGGUCCUGUAAGGUUAACCUCUAUUGUAUUUUUUUUAAUUCAGAUUUUUUUGCCAACCUAGCACUUUUCUCAGGUUGGUUAAAAGAUUGGCAUUGUCUAUGGCCUCAGUCUCUCAAUUUAAGUAUCCACAGAUGGGGCCAUGUUGAGAAUUAGAUAUAUUGAUAUAGUGGUAUUAAAUAAGAUUAUUAGAAAAUGUGAGGGUGGGUAUUAUCAAUAUGCUGAUGACAUCCAGGUCUGUAUGUCUGAGCACCCAGAUGCUGCUGUCCUGAAACAGUGUCUUGAUGUUGUGGUUCAAGUGGCUAAGAUAAAAAAAAAAAAGCUGAAACUCCAUUCAGAUAAGAUGGUGGUGAUGGUGACUGCUAAAGCUGAUUUCCUUCAGGUAGGUAAUUUGUUAACCCUAGACGAAGUAAACUGUUAUAAACUCUUAGAAAAAGCAGAGAGUUAGGAGAAUUCAAACCUGUAAUCUGAAAGACUCUUUAGCAGUGUUGCUCAAAGCACCUUUUAACAACUAUAGCUGAUGCAUCCACUCUUUCCCUUUGGAUUCACCCAGCUUGGCUAUACAAAUCCAUGGUUUUCUAACCUUACAGCUGGGUUACUUUAAUGCCUUUAAAGUCCACUUGGAUGAUGAAAAGACAAGUGAGACAGCUAGAAUAAUGGUGGAGAAAGACUCAUGACAAAUCUAACAAGUUGCAGUACAGAACUCCAUGGCAGCAAAGAAACACUAUUUUCCCAACACUAUUACAUACACACAGUGUAGACCUAUGGGAUUUUUUCUGAUUGAUCAGGGGCCUAUGGGAGAAGGUAGACUGUUCUGCAUCUCACUAUAACUGUUUGGCUCAACAGUUUGUGGAUAAAUUCUCCUGCAUCCAUUCUGAUUUGAACUCUCUGUUAGCAGUGACAGGAUCAGAUGGUCUCAGAGUGCUGACUCGUUCAGCUGUGUGGGAUAUCUUUUAGCUUAUUCAAUCUGAGGAUGUGGACAGGAUUCUUGGAAGCUUGAGGCCUACUAUCUGCUUGUACGAUUUGGGUACUUCUUGGGCUGCUUAAGUGUGCAUGGAGUGGGGACUGGUGGACUGGGUCUAGGAAGGCAGAAAAUGCAUCUUUGAGAGAGGGGGUGUUCACCCUGCCUUUAAGCAGGCAAUAGUGUGCAUACUCUUAAAGAAACCUACUCUAGAUCCAGGAGAGUUGAAUAACUAUUGCCUAAUCUCAAAUGUACCAUUCUUGAACAAGGCAAUUGAACAAACAGUGUCUGGCCAGCUUCAACGAUUCCUGAAUGAAGCAGAUUCUCAAUCCAUUCCAGUCUGGAUUCAGGCAUUAUGAGACUGAAACGCCUGCCCUUGCUUGCCCUGGUGGAUGACCUGUGUCAGGAGAUGAGCAGGGAGAGUGUGACCCUUUUGAGUCUCCUAGACUUCUUAAUGGCUCUUGAUACCUACCGUUAAUCAUGUUAUGCUUCUGGUCUGCCAUUCAGGGUUGGGACUGGGAGUGAACAUUUUGCAGUGAUUUUGGUCUUAUGCUGAAGCUAGGUUUCUGAGUGUGGUGCUGGGAGACUGCUGCUUAGCCCCUUGGAAUUGGCCCAAUUGGAUAAACAGGUGGCAGUAGUGGCCUUGCCACUAUGAUGCAUGUCCUAGUAACACCUAGAUUAGACUACUGCCAUGUACUCUGUGUGGCUUGCCCUUGAAGAUUGUAUGGAAGUUACAGUAAGUACAGAAUGCUGCACCCAGAAUACUGACUGGAAUGAUUGUAGGGACCAUAUCAGUCCAGUCUUAUUCCAUCUACAUUGGCUCCCAAUUUGCUUCUGAGGCCAAUUCAAGGUGCUUUUAAAGCAAACCUUUAAAGCCCUAUAUAUGACCAGACACUGUUCAAUUGCUUUGUUCAAGAACUGUCCAUUUCAGAUUAUGCAAGAGUUGUUCACCCGUCCUGGGUCUAGAGUAGGCUUCUUCAGGACUACCUGCUCCCAUAGGAACCUAUCAGACUAUCGUGAUCAUCUUCAGAGGCUCUGCUUUGGGUGCUCCCACAAUCAAACAGUAGCAACCUGAGAAAAGGCCUUCUCAUUUGUUGUGCAAAAACUCUGGAACUGGCUCCCCAGAAAGAUUCAUUUGUCUCCCUCUAUCUUAGAUCAGCAAGUGAAGACUUUUUGUUGUUGUUGUUGUUACCUUUGGCAUUCCCUCAUUAACUUUGUCCCUCUUUCCCUGUUUGUGAGUCUGUGUGCUUAUGGGUUUUAAUUAUGGUGCUUAUGGGUUUUUAGUUUUAGUUAACUAUUUUAGUUAACUAUUUAAAUAUUUUAUAUCUGCUUAUUUUAAAUGCUGUUUAAAUUUUGAUUGUGUGCUGCCCUGGGGACCCUAAGCCGAGUAGAAAGAUAGCAUAUCAAUGUUUUAAAUAAAUGAAAUAUGUAAAAUGUGGAAAGAACAAUUAGUGUAAAAUGUGGCAGCCUAUUUGUUGUUUGGGGGUUAUUGUUAAUUACACAAACACUUUACGUUGUUUCUGAAUUAAAGAGCAAAGUGGGGCUAUGUAUGGAAACUACUGGCAAAGCUUGAGAUGACUUCCUGUUGAGGAACUGGCUCAUGGUGGAAUCAAAGAUGGAGUGAUUCUCUAGCUCUGUUGUGCUGAGAAUACUGAAAGUGCUGAAAAGAUCUCUCAGUCUGAAACCAACACUCAAGAAUAUCAGCUCUGGCAGAAUUGUGUAAUGUAUGAAGGAGCUAUGUAACCACUAUGUAAAGUGUGAAGAUACAGAGAAAAAGAAAUAGAAUUUUGUAGAAAGUUCAUGUGUUUGCAUAACCAUAAAGGUUCCUUGCACUGCCUACUA